AUGGAUGCGAAAAAAGUUUGUAAUACAACGGACCCAAAAAACUAUUGCCGUAUAUGCGUGAUAGAAGUGAAUGAUCCCAUGGAUGAAUAUUAUCCCUUGCACGAAGCACUGAAAGAAAACGUUACGAUAAGCUUGCAAAUCGUGCUGGAGAAGUUAUUUCCAGCUGUGUUCAAUGAGGCACAAGUACAGCACGACUACAGCAGGAACUGGCCAAAGGCGGUAUGUCGAAAGUGUAAGCUGAAAGUGCAAGAUGCAUAUGAACUGUACGAGAGCUGCCUUGAUAGCUGUAAUAAGCUGCAGAAGAAAGUUUUUUGCAAAGAGAAUUUUAUGGAAGAGGUUGCAAUCCUUAAUUCUGUAGUUUGCGAUGUGGAUGUACCGACGGAAGUAUUCGUUAAAUGUGAGCUUGUUUCAGAAAGUGUGGAGGAUCCACCAGAACUCCUUAUCGUUUCACGACGAUCCGGGAAAACGCACAAAACUGAAGUGAAGGAAACAGCGAGACCUAAACAAACUUCCGCCAACAUCAAGGAAGAAAUGAAUGAGUUAACAAGCGAAGAAAUGGGGGACGAAAAUGAUGCAGAAUAUCUUGAAGAAAACAAUUCUGAACAAGAAUGGGAACCACCAACACGUAAGAGCAGAAAACCUAAAGCCACCAAACAGAAAGUAGCAACAGUUUCACGGGAACGGAAAAGGAGAGAGAAAAAAACAAAGGCCAAGCAGCAGGACAAGGAACAGGAAGAACCACUGGAAUCCAGUACGGAAAUAUUUCGUUGCCAGUUGUGCAACGGGCCUACAUAUGCAUCGCCAAACGAGUUGACCGACCACUUGAAGGCGGAACAUUCGGGUCAGAUACGAUCCUGUGACAAGUGUCCGAAGGUUUUCGUUAGCGAGCAAACCUUCCAGCAUCAUCAGUACUGUCACGCUACGGGACGUUCGUUCUUCUGCACGUUUUGUGACAAGGGUUUCCAGACGGAGCUUCUUCUAAAGAGUCAUGUUCUGUUUCAUACGCAAGACACGAAGUUUCUGUGUGCUAUAUGUGGGAAACGCUUUGCAAAUAAAGGGACUCUUCAAAUGCAUAUGCAGCUGCAUGACGAUAAAAAAUCCCACCCUUGCAGUUUAUGUCCGAGCCGUUUUAAGACAAAAACUAACUUAAGUGUUCAUAUGCGAACACACACGAAUAACAAGAUUUACACUUGUGCGACUUGCGGUUCACAGUUUAACAAGCAUUAUUCGAUGGUGAAGCAUCAGAUAAUUCACACCGGAGAGCGUCCGUUUGUGUGUGAUGUAUGUCCCAUGAGAUUCGUUUCGCCGUACCAUGUGAAGCGCCACAUGCUCACGCAUACGGGAGAAAAGCCUUACAAAUGCAGCUACUGCGAUCGUAGCUUCGCACAAAGUAAUGUUUUGGUGAUGCAUAUGCGAACGCACUAUGGUACCAAUACGUACCAGUGUGAUCGUUGUGACGCAUCCUUUCGGCUGCUAAAAGAUCUUCGGAAUCACUAUAAAGAGCAUUAUAACGAAAGUGAGAAAGGUAUUGGCCCUUCGCCAGUUGUGGACGAUAAGGAUAUUCGUUUCAGAAGCACGGAUAUACUGAAGUUACGAUAUCGGAAAGAAAUGAGUAAAACAUUGAGUCUUAAAAGAGAGGCAGACGAAGACCCGGAUGCCAAUUGCUAUUUCGUUUCACCGUAUCAUUUAAAGCGUCACAUGCUCACGCAUACGGGAGAAAAGCCUUACAAAUGCACCUACUGUGAUCGUAGCUUCGCACAAAGUAAUGUUUUGGUAAAACAUAUGCGUACACACAUCGGAGACAAUCCGUACCAGUGUGAUCGUUGUGACGCAUCCUUCCGGCUGCUGAAAGAUCUUCGCAACCACUUCAAAGAACACUAUGUCGAAAGCGAGAAGGGAAUUGGUCCUUCGCCGGUGAUAAACGACAAGGACAUUCGGUUUACUAGUACAGAUAUUCUGAAGCUACGAUACCGUAAGGAGAUGAGUCAACUUAGUCUAAAGGGUGAGUUAUUUAGAGUGAUAUCGUCUUAUACAAUGGACAUAGGAAACAGUACCGAUUCGAAAAUACUGCUAGACUGUUGCCGUAUUUGUGUUUCAAACUGUGAUGCACUAAACUGCAUUCACGAAGGGACAGACCAUGUAAGUUCCCUUAGCUUACACUGCAUGUUGGUAAAGCUGUUUCCAGCUGUAUUCAACCAGGAACAGAUGCAGCAUGACCGCAGCAUCAAUUGGCCGACUGCCAUCUGCAAAGACUGUAAAUGCAAAGUGAUUAAUGCGUACGACUUGUAUGAACAAUGUGAAAGGAGUAGCUAUUUGUUGAACCAGCAACAGCUCACAGUGAUCAGUGGCGGGUUGGCAAACGAGGAAUAUUUAAACAAGCCUUCGGACGGAGUACCACUAGUAACGGAAGAAGUAUGUAAUCUACAGCUCGUUAAGCAUGACCACGACAUGAUUUGUCCAUCUACAAUAUCUGGAAACAAUAACUGUAACGCAUACGACGUGUUGCAUGGGAAAUGUGUGACGGACAUCGAUAUGUCGGCCCAGCAACAGCUCAAAACGGGCGGUGUUGGGAUUCGUCAUUGUGAACACUGCCCGAAGGUGUUCGUGACGCAAACCUCCUUCGAACAGCAUCAAUACUGCCAUGCAACAGGACGAUCCUACUUCUGCACAUUUUGUGACAAAGGAUUUCAAACCGAGAAGCUGCAGUUUAACAACAAGAGUAAUCUGCGCCAACACAUAAUUGGGCAUUCGGGUGACAAACCGUGGGCAUGCAAUCUGUGUCCUUGUCGCUUCAGCACAAAAGUGCGUGGAUUGCUGGAUUGUUCAACGAUGGAUGUGGAAGAGGUUUGGCAUUCAACAGAUCUAUUAAGCUGUUGCCGCAUAUGCGUGGAACAAGUGGAUGACUAUUUUUCCUUGCACGAAGCGGUCGAUGAAAAUGCUACGACAAGCUUGCAGAUCGUUCUGGAGAAGUUAUUUCCAGCUGUGUUCAAUGAGGCACAAGUGCAGCACGACUACAGCAUGAACUGGCCAACAACGAUAUGUCGAGAUUGUAAGCAGAAAGUACAAGAUGCAUACGAACUGUACAAGAGCUGCCUUGAUAGUUGCAAUAAGCUUCAGAAGAAUGAUUUUGGCAAAGAGAAGUUUGACGAAGAGGUAUCAAUCCUGCAUCCGGUGGUUUGCGAUGUCGGUGUUCCGACGGACGAGUUUGUUGAAUGUGAGCUUGUUCUAGAAAGCGCUGAGGUACCGCAAGAAUCACUUACUGCUUCUCGAAGAUCCGUAAAAACGCGCAAAACCACAGUAAAAGAAACAUUGGCAACUUCAACGAAGCAAGUAUCAAUCACCAUUAAACAUGAAAACAAGGAGGAUGUGCCCAUAAAAAAAGAGCUAAUGGACGAAAAUGAUGCAGAAUAUCUAGAGGAAAAGAAUCCCGAGCCUGAUUGGGAAUCACCAAAGCGUAAGAGAAAAAAUGUCACAUCUGUUAAGGUAAAAACAUUAGUGGUUGCUACUCGGGAACGGAAAAAAAGAGAGCAGAAAGUAGAAACGAACCAGAAUGAUAGUGCGGAGGAAGUAUUACUGGAAUCAAAGAUAGAAGUACAUCCUUGUCAACUAUGCGAUGGGCUUACUUUUGCGUCACCAAUCGAUCUGUCCGAUCAUCUGAAGGCGGAACAUUCGAGUCAGAUACGAUCCUGUGACAAGUGUCCGAAGGUUUUCGUUAGCGAGCAAACCUUCCAGCAUCAUCAGUACUGUCACGCUACGGGGCGUUCGUUCUUCUGCACGUUUUGUGACAAGGGUUUCCAGACGGAGCUUCUUCUAAAAAAUCACCUUAAAUCACAUACGCGAGACCCGAAAUUCCUGUGUUCUAUUUGUGGAAAGGGCUUUGCAAGUAAAAGCAGUCUGCAGAAACACAUCAUAUUCCACACAGAUAGCAAAUCUUGGCCUUGCAGCUUAUGCCCAUGUCGUUUCAAUACAAAAGCCUGCUUAAAUGUGCAUAUGCGAACACACACGAAUAACAAGAUUUACACUUGCGCGACUUGCGGUUCACAGUUUAACAAGCAUUAUUCGAUGGUGAAGCAUCAGAUAAUUCACACAGGCGAGCGUCCGUUUGUGUGUGAUCUAUGUCCCAUGAGGUUCGUUUCCCAGUACCAUGUGAAGCGCCACAUGCUCACGCAUACGGGAGAAAAGCCUUACAAAUGCACCUACUGUGAUCGUAGCUUCGCACAAAGUAAUGUUUUGGUAAAACAUAUGCGUACACACAUCGGAGACAAUCCGUACCAGUGUGAUCGUUGUGACGCAUCCUUUCGGCUGCUGAAAGAUCUUCGCAACCACUUCAAAGAACACUAUGUCGAAAGCGAGAAGGGAAUUGGUCCUUCGCCGGUGGUGGACGACAAGGAUAUUCGGUUUACUAGUACCGAAAUAUUGCGGCUAAGAUUCCAAAAAGAAAUGGGUCAAAGGGAUAGUUAA